AUGCCAUUAACACCAGGAACGGUUCUAACAGCGGCCUUAGCCAAUCGGAUUGCAACUCGGACUGCAAGUUCUAGCCAGCGCACCCUCGCACUGCCACAGUGUGGAGUUGUUACCAGUGGGGAAAGAGCAAAAAUUAAGUUUACGUGCGGACGUGCCACGCACAACGAUCUUGGUCCACCACCGCCAACAACCGACCGACACCGACCACAGGACAGCUUAGUUUUAUCAAAAGCUGAAAAAAUUCUGGACAAGUCACGGAAAAAGAGCGGCAUCCUUAUCAUUGCAGAACCGAGCCCCGCUGGUGCCCAAAGUCAACAAAUGGAGCAUAGAGGCGCGCCACACGGGCAGCAGGAGCAGCAGUAGCGUUCAGCUAUCGUUGGGGGCCUGAUCGUCGGGCCCUGUCUCUCGGGCCCGAUCUCGCGCGGGGGGACGCGGGAUCGCGGAGGCGUCGUGCCGUGCCGGGCG